CCAUGACUUUACAUGCUAACGGUCACUUAAGUAGCCUAAACUGGGCUGGGAUAAAACUUUUUAAAGCUAUUUUUCUUAAUUUUCCAACAGAAGACAGUUUGAAUUCAGCAUCACCAUGAAGUCGAGUAAGGAUAUUAAUCUGGACACCUACAACUUAUCUCUGAUAACGGCUAAAGAAGAUGUGCUGAACCCACGAACAUCCACAAACUGGGCACUGUUUGCUUAUGAUGGUGUGACAAACCGGCUCAAACUGGCAGACUCUGGUGUGGGUGGUGUAACUGAACUGGUCAGUAAGCUCCACCCUAGACGGCCUCUCUACGGGCUCUGCAGAGUGGACCGGCCGAACACUGCCCAGACCCAUAUCGUCAUGAUUAUCUGGGUAGGAAAAGAUUUGGAUGAAUAUCGUAGAACUCAGUGUGCUGCUCAUGUUCCCGCUAUCAAAUCCUUCUUCAAGGAGGUGCAUUUCUUUUUCCCUGCUUCUUCUGUGGAGGAUGUUACAGAGGAGAGGAUUUUUUCUGUGGCCUCUAAAGUGGCGGAGGUGAUGGAAAGAGAGAGAAUGAGACGAGGUUUACGACAGGAGGACAGAGAGGAGACUGUGGGAACUAAUUAUAAGAGGACGAUAGCAGCAGCAGAAAUACGCAAAACGCACCGAGAGAACUUCUGGGCUCAAGCAGAGAGAGAGGAAGAGGAGCGUAAAGAGGAAGAGCGCCGGAGGGCAGCAGAAGACAGGAGACGGAGGGAGCGAGAGAGAGUGCAGCAGGAAAAGAGGGAGGCGGAGGAGCGGGAGAGGAGAAUGAAUGAGAAACUGAAGAAGAUACAGGAGCAAAGACGGUUACAGGCUCAAGCAGAAGCGGAGAAACACAAACAGGAGCAGCUCAAAUGGGCUCAGCAGCAGCAGCAGUUUGAGGAGGAAAUGAGAUGUCGGUUCGCACACUCCGAAUCAGUGGAGAAAGCAGCCGAGGCAGCAGCUCUGGUGUCUCAGCGCAAAGGCAAUCCGAGACAGUUUUUCAGACAGCUCUCACUGUCCUCAUCUUCAUCCUCCAACACCCAACACACCCCACCCAACUCACCACGUACAGUGAGGAGUUCUACCAGGAAGUUCCAUCGCAGUUUGACUGACGCCUUUAUCUCCAUUAAAUCGUCUUCCUCCUCCCCCUCUUCUCCCUGUAGCCCUAAUCCACUCUCUCCUUUCUUUCCUUCGACUCCAACAUCGCAGAGCCCCACAGCACUCGGUCACAACACACACACCCAACCCCUGCACACACACUCUCCUCCAACGGAAGUCUCUCCCUCCAUAUCUCCAUUUCACUCAACCCAGAGUCCAAGUGGACAAACAGUGGUCUCUCAGUUGCCCUCUAGUGGUCAAAUAGUAGUAGAGAUUCCUGAAUCAGUCAUCAUUCUCCAGCCGUCUUCAUCAAUAAACACGCAAAUGUCAUUAACUGAAAUAGUUGAAAGCUUGGAUUUUUACCCUCGUCCACCCACUGCAGACUUCGAAGCUCAAAGUCUGGACCAAUCAGAAAGCAAGAUUUUGGUACAUCCUCAGCCCCAUUCGUCCAACUCUGUCACCCAGAAUUCUGUUUGUGAUGCAGAUCAGUCGGACAGCCAGAUCACAGCUCAAGUCCAGGCUGGUAUCAGUUCUACGCAGCCUCCGCCCACAGCCCCAUCACGGCCUCUACCUGCACUGCCAACGCAAGAGUUCAUCGUUUCCACAGAAGCAGAGGGAAAAAGAGAGAAAGAUGAUGGAGAGAAGGAACAGAGUGAGGUCAUGGACACACAGGAGGAUGAGGAAAAAGCAAGAGAGAGGAGGAGAGGAGAAAAAGAGGAGAACGAAAAAAGCCUGGAGGCUUGGGUGACUGCUCAGGCAUCUAUGAUAUCCAUCCCUGAGGAAGAGGGGGAUGAUGGAGAGAUGAGAGAGGAAGAAGAGGAAAAUGUGAGAGAAAGACAUGAAGUAGAGAUGAGAGACAAGGAGAAAGAGAAAGAAGCAAGAGAGGGGAAGGAUGAAAGGAGAAUGAAGAGGAAAAAGUGCAAGAGAGGAAGGAUGGAGAGAUGA